UGGGAGGGGACGGGGUCAAAGGUGGAAGGCUUCAGGCUGGUGGGGAGAGAAGGGGGCCCGGACCCAGGUUCGGGAAGGGGAAGGACGUGGGCCAUCCGGGCCCGUGAACAGGAUGGACUCUUGUCCCCGUCGGGUGGUUACCGCUGCAGGGAGGGCUGCUGAGACCCGGCAGCUCAAUUUCUGGAUCCCGGGCGGCGGAGUCAGGCUGAGCGCAGGCUGUGUGUGCCCUGCGUCUGGGAGACGGGAGCCCAGAUUCCUCAGCUGAGCCGGCUGUGAUGGGUGGGGUCACACCCAGCACCUGUUCUGUACGGUCUCUGCAGACCUUUCGGCUCCUGAUGACAGGAGAUCCAGAUGCCGAGUCAGCCCUGGCUUUCCCUAACUGGUUGCUCUGAGAUGCAGAGUUCUGGCUUCAGCGACAAAGGGGAUGAUACGAAACAGCAUUCUGUCAAGUGAGGGACCAAACAACACCAGAGAGAAUGAGGCUCCCGGCCAGAAGCUGGAGGGGGCUUGGCCAAUAAGAAGGAGAAACGACGGAGCUGUGCUUUCUACCUCUGAGAUAGAGAUGUCUGCCGACGGCAGGGCCGCCCAGGCUACCCAGGACAAGGAGAGAGCCCGAGAGGUUCCAGGUCAUGGGCAUCCUCGUCAAGAAAUGCUUUCUGAGUCAGAGGAGACGGUGCCUUUGGGAGCCGCUCAGGAGUCUCCCCACAUCAAGACGGAGCCGGAAGAGCCACAGCCUGAGGGGGCAUCGCAGGGGGCCAGGGCCCGAGGAGAGCAGGGCUGGGUGUCCCUAAGCCAGGGCUCUAAGGACAAAGCUCUUUUCCUGCCCGGAGGAGCCCUCCCCUCCCCCCAGAUCCCUGUGCUCUCUCGUGAGGGGAGGACCAGAGACCGGCAGAUGGCUGCGGCGCUCCUCACCGCCUGGUCCCAGAUGCCGGUGACCUUCGAGGACGUGGCCCUGUACCUCUCCCGGGAGGAGUGGGGGCGGCUGGACCACACGCAGCAGAACUUCUACAGGGACGUCCUGCAGAAGAGGAACGGGCUGUCCUUGGGGUUUCCCUUCAGCAGACCUUUCUGGGCCUCCCAAGGACAGGGCAAGGGUGAGGCCUCGGGCUCCUGCCGGCAGAUGGGAGAUGAGGAGAAGACAGGAGCCAUUGAGGUGGGGAAGGAGGAGCCGGCCCCAUCCCCGGCAGCCCUCCGGGACGCGAAGUCCUUCCGAAGCAGGGUGGGGAGAGCGCAGGCGAACGGCCUGCCGCGCGGGCAGCAGGUGGCCAGCGGCCAGAGCUCAGGGGCAGCCAGAGACGAUGCGCAGCCGGGCCCCCCAGACGAGAGGCCGGCGAAACCGGCCCCGCCCGUUGCCAGCCUGGCGAAAGCCCCGCAGGGCCGCCUCCCAGAGAAACCCAGAGAGGGGCGGACGGCCACCCCCGAGGGCAGCGAGGAGGGCCUGGCCCCCGACGGGGACGCGGGCAAGAAGACGUACACGUGCGAGCAGUGCGGCAAGGGCUUCAGCUGGCACUCGCACCUGGUGACACACCGGCGCACGCACACGGGCGAGAAGCCCUACGCCUGCACGGACUGCGGCAAGCGCUUCGGCCGCAGCUCGCACCUCAUCCAGCACCAGAUCAUCCACACGGGCGAGAAGCCCUACACCUGCCCGUCCUGCUGGAAGAGCUUCAGCCACCACUCGACGCUCAUCCAGCACCAGCGCAUCCACACAGGCGAGAAGCCCUACGUGUGCGACCGCUGCGCCAAGCGCUUCACCCGCCGCUCGGACCUGGUCACCCACCAGGGCACCCACACGGGCGCCAAGCCCCACAAGUGCCCCAUCUGCGGCAAGUGCUUCACGCAGAGCUCGGCCCUGGUCACCCACCAGCGCACGCACACCGGGGUCAAGCCCUACCCGUGCCCCGAGUGCGGCAAGUGCUUCAGCCAGCGCUCCAACCUCAUCGCGCACAACCGCACGCACACGGGCGAGAAGCCCUACCACUGCCUCGACUGCGGCAAGAGCUUCAGCCACAGCUCGCACCUCACCGCCCACCAGCGCACCCACCGCGGCGUCCGGCCCUACUCCUGCCCGCUCUGUGGCAAGAGCUUCAGCCGCCGCUCCAACCUGCACCGGCACGAGAAGAUCCACACCACGGGGCCCAAGGCCCUGGCCGUGCUGAUGCUGGGGGCGGCGGGGGCCCUGGCGGCACCCCCGCCGGCUCCCACUUAGGAGGCGGGGUGG